AUGGAGUCAAUCAACAAAAACUUUAAUAAUGCACAUUUGGAUGACAAAAACUCAAAUUAUCCAACUGCAGACACUCAAAGCAACACUUAUAGUGAAGAAGACAAAGAACUGCCGGCUUGUGAAAGAUCAUUAUUGCAGAAAAUUGUGCGUACGGGUCUCAUAACGUCUAAACAUGACAUUGAAAUUCAAAGACGUGACCCUAAAUCACCGUUAUUUUCAAUCAAAUCAUUUGAGUUACUUAAACUCCAUCCACAUUUGCUUAAAGGAGUUUAUGAAAUGGGUUAUAAUGCACCAUCAAAGAUACAAGAAACUGCAUUGCCUUUACUCUUGGCCAAUCCGCCUCAAAAUUUGAUUGCACAAUCACAGUCAGGUACUGGAAAAACUGCAGCUUUUGUUCUGGCUAUGUUGAGUAGAGUUGAUCCGGAAUUUCAGUAUCCACAGGUAGUUUGUUUAUCCCCGACUUAUGAAUUAGCUAUUCAAACGGGGGAAGUUGCAGCAAAAAUGUCCACCUACUGUCCAAACAUUAGGUUAAGGUAUGCAGUUCGUGGUGAAGAUGUUGAAAAAGGUUCCAAAAUAGAGGAACAGAUCAUUGUGGGUACACCAGGAAAAGUUUUGGAUUGGGCAACUAAGUAUAAAUUUUUUGACCCAAAAAAUAUUAAAGUAUUUGUGUUGGACGAAGCUGAUAUUAUGGUUGACACCCAAGGUCAUCAAGAUCAAAGUUUCCGCAUUAGAAAGUUACUACCAGAAACAUGUCAAAUGAUGUUUUUUUCCGCAACAUAUACAGAAGAUGUUAUGAGGUUUGCCAAUGCUAUUGCACCUAUGUCAGUCAUCAUAAGAUUAAAACGUGAAGAAGAAACGUUAGAUAAUAUCAGACAAUAUUAUGUUAACUGCAACAAUAAAGAAGAUAAAUAUAAUGCAUUAGUUAAUAUUUAUGGAGGAGUAACUAUUGGACAAGCUAUGAUUUUUUGUCAGACAAAAAAAAUGGCUUUAUGGUUAGUUAGUCAAAUGGUAGAACAAGGACAUGCUGUAGCUUUAUUAUCUGGUGAACUCACCGUCCAACAAAGAAUAUCUGUUUUGGACCGUUUCCGCGAAGGAAAAGAAAAAGUUCUGGUUACUACAAACGUAUUGUCUAGAGGUAUUGAUAUUGAGCAAGUCACAAUUGUUAUUAAUUUUGAUUUGCCUAUGACAGUCACUCGCGAUCCUGAUUAUGAUACAUAUUUACACAGAAUAGGACGUACUGGUCGUUUUGGUAAAAAAGCUGAAAUAAACCUGGACAAAGGUGGUCGACAUAUGGAAGUUGAAGGUAAAGAAAAUCGUUCUGUAUUUAUAAGCAACUUGGAUUUUGCUGUGACUGAAUUGGAAGUGAAAGAUGCAUUGUCUUCAGUUGGUCACUGUGAAGUGUUAUUAGUUAGAGAUUUCAAAGGCCGGUCUAAAGGAUUUGGUUAUGUGCUUUUUGAAAAGCCUGAAAUGGUUGCAGAAGCAUUGAAAAAAGAUCGUGAAUCUGUAAAUAAUCGACCAAUGUUUGUGUCUAAAUGUCAACCUGAUAAACAAAGUAGAUCGUCGGGAUUACGAUUUCCUACUGAACUAGAAAAAAACAAAUUGUUUGUUAAAGGUUUACCAUCGACUUGUACAAAAACUGAUAUAGAAAAUAUUUUUAAGCCAUAUGGAGCUUUAAAAGAUGUUCGCGUUGUGACAUUUAGAAAUGGUUAUUCAAAAGGAUUAGCUUAUGUAGAUUUUGAAGAUGAGGUAUCAGCUGCUCAAGCAUUGUUAAAAACAGACAACACAGUUAUUAAAGAUAGAACUAUAUCAGUAGCAUUAAGUCAGCCACCAGAACGUAGAGAUCCUUCAGAAAUUAAAUCCUACCCUCCUGUUGUUAAAUUUAAAUCACAAGCUCCACCUCUAUUAUUAGGGCGUCGCACAAAACUAUCUUUUACACCAAGUGUAUUGCAGAAAAAGUCUGCACAAACUGCACCAACAUCUGCUGAUGAUAUAACUCCACUAAAUAAUGAAGACUUCAGAAAAAUGUUACUUGGUAGCAAGUAA